CGUACCCACAUCGUACCCACAUCGUACCAGCGAACACUUCCCGAAACAAUAGCAACAAUGUGGCCGGAUACGAUAGAGGAAUUCUUCGAGCGGACGCCGUCAGGGACCUGGGAGGACUUUACCGCCGUCAUCAGGAGCAACGUAAAGAAGGUCGCGAGGUGGAAGGAUGACAAAAAAUCCUCUCAAACUAAGAAGCAGAGACAGCUCAGAAAACUCCACAAACUCCUACACAGCAAGAAUCAAUUCGUUGCCGAGAAGGGGGACAGUCGUGUAGCCAAGGUUGUGGAUGCGCACUCGGCUCUCGCCAGAAGCCACGAGGUGUUGGUCGGCGGAGUUGUUGGUCGAAAGCGGAAGGCGGAGGAGUUGGAGGAGGAUGAGAGUCACGAUGACGAGGAAGAAGAAGAGAAUGACGAUGAUGACGAGGACGACGAUAAGGAAUCAGACGAGGACGACGAGGACGCGGCAAAGGACGAUAAGGAAAACCAGAAGCAUGCGGAAGACCGACAUCAUUACCGGAAAGCAGGAAUUGAGCAUCCCGCGAACACCACCCCCUCCAAAGCCCAUGGGACCGUUGGGAACAGCUCCCGCCAAAACAAUUCUACUUUGGCCCCUUCUCGCCAAUGCGGGACUCCUGCAUUGAAAUUUGGUUUCGGAGUUUGCCAGCUCAGUCCGUCCAAGUCUGAGAUGAGCGAUGUGUCCGAGACCAGCAAUGUGUCCCAGACUGAGCCAGAGGGUGAGGUGGUUGCCCGUCUGAGAAGUGCCAUAAAAGCUCAGAAGGGGAAGGAGUGGGUGCUUAACGGCGUUGACCUCGUUGCAGCAAUCCGCAAGAUGCAAAAAGCUCUCCUCAGAAAGAUCACCGAUUCACAAGCGACCGUAGAGGUGCACAGCGAGGAACACUUGCUCAGUUGCAGCUGUCUGGUUCUGACUGAGGCAAAGGCCGAAUUGUGGGACAAAGCCUUCAGCAACAAGGAGUGGGCCUCGCUGCGAAGCUUCUUUGAAAACCGUGUCCUUCAGCAGGAUGAUACGUUGUGGAGCCGAGCGCGGAUCGAAGCCAAGAGGAUGAUCGCGGCGAAGAAGGCGGGUGUCGGCUUCCGUGCUCGUGUUGAAGAUGACACCAAUCUCGAACAGGGUGCUGUUGGGGUGGUGUUGGACACCCUGUUCCACAAUUUGAAAGCGGAGAAGCCGGACCGCACCACUAAUGAGCCAACUUGGUGCGCAAAGUUGCUGCUGCCAUACUUUCAUCUCCUCACAGAUCCAGCGUUGAACUGGAAGUACGACAAUGCCACCAACUACGACAACAACCGGCCCGAUUUCUUUGUCCACGACGCCAAUAACAGGGGGAUGGCCUGCUGGGAAGUCAAAACUCAGUGGGCAGGUUCUGCAGCUAAGAAAAAGGACGUGGGACGAUCAAUCUUCCACAGCAUGGAACACCUCAAAAUCGAUAUGCAUCUAUACUCUCCACAGAGCACUCCUGUGAAGGUAUGCAUCCCCUUCUCCGGCAAUGAGGGCACGAUCUUUGAGCUGUACCUACAUUGCGGAGUCUUCUUGGCGGUGGAAGUAGGCACUUGGACCAUCCCCCUGUGCCUCACCUCUGGGCGAGACGCGGAAGUGGCGACGGCAAUUGCCACCGGGUCAGCAAUCAUGAGUCGGCUGACGGAGAUUAGAGUUCAGAUGGAUCGCUACCAGCCAAGGGCAGAUCCCGCUAGGCGUCCGUCGUUUCUGCCUCCCAAAACCCCCGCAGUGAAGAAACCGAAAACCACAAGGCAAUUGUAAGAGACUUGCCCUCUCCUCUUUAUGGCGGAAUAUCAAUGGUGUGAGCUUUGCGCACUGGGUUCAAUCCUUGCCUGUCCGGCCUUCGAAAACUGCCUUAUUUGUUCCCUGAUGAAAUUGAGCGGUGCAUGUCUUCCUUUAGUCAUCACUUUAAUCGCAUAAUUCUGGA